CGUUACCGGGGGGUUUCCAACUAUAGGUCUUAUGCACCUCGUAUUUGAGUAACAGGACAGACCAAGAAACAAACAAAAAAAAAGUCCAUCCACGGUCGCCGUCGGCGGGUCGAUCGAUCCGAAGACUGGACCCUUGGUGUGUGGGUGGAUAUGGUAAAUUCGGACCGCAACCAUUUUCCGAUAAAUACGGCCGCGCCCUCUCGCCUUCACGGUCUCUCGGUGUCAUGCAGCCGCUCAUUUCUGCCAUGACAUCGCUACGCGACUUGAUCAUCGCGGCUUUCAAGUCCCUCACCAGGGGCAAGUCCUUCAUACAGGCCCUGCUGGCCUUUUGGAUCAGCCCCAACGUCCUCAAAGAGUGCCAGGAGUCAAACGAUGGCUCGUCUUCGUCAAUCCUUGUCCAGGACUUCCUCUUGGACGUGGAAAGUCUCCUCUCCCAGCCGAUAGAGCCUGCGGCUCUGCUCGGCUUCUCCAGGAACCUCAAGACACAGUUUCGCCAGCGGCUGUGGUCGAACCGUGCUUGCAUGCUGCCUUCAUACAACUAUCAGCUGCCAAAUGGUGUGGAGAAAGGCCGCUACCUGUCCGUGGAUGUCGGCGGCUCAACGCUCCGCGUGGCCUUGGUUGAGCUAAAGGGGCUGGAGGAGGGUGGCUACGAGGGCUGCAGCCGAAUUAUUAGGAUCGACAACUUCCGCAUAGAUGUCGGCAUCAAAGGGCUUGUCGGAAGAGCCUUUUUUGACUGGAUGGCGGAAAGGAUCCUCGAAACACUCAACUCGGCGUCAGAGGGUGUUGACGUUAGCAAGGAUGAACUCAACGGUAGCUUACAAGCCCCAAUCCCAAUGGGCCUUGCAUGGAGCUUUCCAAUUGAACAAACAUCACUGAAAGGAGGCUUGUUGCAAAACAUGGGCAAGGGAUUCCUCGCCGCCGACGGACUGCUUGGUCAAGACCUCGGCGAAAUAGUUAAACAAGCAUGCAGUGGCCACAGCCUCCACGUUGAAGUCGCAGCCAUAAUCAACGACUCGUCUGCCGCGCUUCUAUCCGAAUCUUACCGUCGCCCAUCGACCCGCUUCGGGCUCAUUCUCGGAACAGGGUUCAACAUCGCAGCGUACAUGCCAGUGACCACCAUCGACCGGCCCAAGUUUGGGGUUCGCCCGGACAGCUGGUUCGACAAAGCAAGCCACGUCAUUGUCAACACAGAAAUGGGCAUGUUUGGUCAGGGUUUCCUGCCGAUGACCCGCUGGGAUGAGCAGUUGAAAGCAGCACACCCGAAGCCUGAAUUCCAACCCCUGGAGCACUUUGUUGCCGGCCUCUACAUCGGCGAGCUUGCUCGGCUUAUCAUGAUUGAAGCUAUAGAGACAACUGGUCUUUUUGGAGGUGUUGUUCCGCCGAGCUUGGUGGGCCCUUAUACUUUGGAAACCGAGACUUUGUCUAUCCUUGAAAGCGACGAAAGUCCCAUUCUAGAAAAAGCCCUAGCUGCAUUCGCAUCCCGACAUCCGUCGUCACAAAAACCCCUCGUCUCGGACAUCUUGGCCCUGCGUACCAUAUCCAAGCUGGUCACCCGUCGCUCUGCCGCCAUGGUCGCGGCCGCUCUGUACGGACUCUGGGAGCUCAAGAGAGAAACCGAGAACGAGUAUCUCGAGCCGCAGCAAAAUGGGAAAUCUACCGGUGUGCAGCAGUUUGCACGAGAGACCAAAGCCGAGCUGGAUCUCGGUCGCGUCGUGGUUGGGUUCAACGGAUCUGUUAUUGAGCAAUACCCCGGGUAUCGAUCAAACUGUCAGGUGUAUAUUGAUGCGCUCGUCAAAGCAUCAAGGGAGCAGCCAUCCCAGGGAGGAGAUUUGUCCCAUGAAGAGGGGCUUAUUGAGCUUGUUCCAGCAAAGGAGAGCUCGCUCCUCGGGGCGGCUGUGGCUCUGGCAUGUCUUGAAAGAGGCAAGGCCAACUGAAUCCAGUUAUAGACAGAACCAGUCUUUUUUAGCAUCAGCGU